AUGCCGUCUCCUCCCGACUUCAACGAAAAAGCUUCAACCCAGCCAGACCAACCGCAAGAAGAAUCCACGCCAACAACAGCCGAUCAGGCCAGCGGGCCCCAGAACGCCAACAUAUUCGAUCUCCAGCAGACCAUCACCGCGUACCCCACAGCGAAGAUUGGAGGCCCGCGAAGCGCAACUCGAGGCCCAAAACGCGGCCCUGAGGAAAGAAGUCGAGGGCCUGAGGACGAGGGAGCGCGAACUGCAGAUGACGAUGCGGGAGACGCAGAUGCAUCUGGACCACAGCAGGGGAUUCUGAAGACGGAGGAGGGGUCGUGGAGGUUUUGGGCGAGCUACGCGUGGGCUACAUGGGCGUCGGCCAGUGCUGCGUUCACUCCGACACCCGCGAAUGGGGUCAUGAGACGUGCAGCAUCCCCAAGGAGAGUUACACCAGGGCGUGGUGACCAUUUCGAACCAACAGGCAGCAUCCAUAGUGGUCUCGGAAUAAGCCCGUCUCAAAUCCUCAACCGCAAUGAUACGCUUCAUAUCGUCGUGACAAUCGCCGAAACAACGUUCGGUGAAGAUCUUUUGGGCGAGAUCCGGUUGGUCCCAGUCUAUGCCACACUCCUUGACCCAGGUCUCAGGCUGGCGAACGGCCGCAUAGACCCGAAUGCUGUCGUUGCCAUUUCGUUGGCAAACCAAAGCUCGGCCUUCAUCAAACAUGAAGCAACUCCCCUGGCCAGUGCAGUCCGGAAGCACGCCGCGUUCGUCUUCGUCCUGCCGCAGUACAACUGGGGAUACCCGGCCGUGGUCAAGAACGCCAUCGACUACCUCUUCCACGAGUGGCGCGGGAAGCCCGCGAUGAUCGUGUCGUACGGCGGACACGGGGGCGGCAAGGCCGCGGGCCAACUGCGGCAGGUGCUCCAGGGCGUGCGGAUGCAUGUCGCGGAGACGAUGCCUGCGCUUGCGUUCCCGUCCGAGCGGUUCGUGCUCCAGGCGAGCAAGGGGGAGGAGUUGCCGCUGCGCGGGGACGAGGGGAUCUGGCAGUCUGAACGGGCGGUGGUUCGUGAGGCGUUUGAGGAGUUGAUGGCCCUUGUGUCUCAACGGUAG